AUGGCCAUUCAAAGCCGCGGAGAGAAGACGUGGUUUCAUGAGCUGGAAGGCCUGGCCUACUCGGUAGUUCAAUAUAUACCAGGAAUUGGCACUUUAUACUCCCUUCAGAGAGCUGCCGUUACGUAUAGUCAGCGCGACUGGGUACGCUAUUGGGAGUCUGUGGUCAAGCUGAUCGAAGGCACUACACGCGAUGUGGUUCUCGUCUCGGGGACCGUCGAACCAGUCGUGGUCACUGUUAUUCACAGCAUGUCAGAAUCACUGUCGGAAAAGACACUUGAAAUGUGGAACAAGGAUCCAUCGGACAAUAAGCUCAAAAUCGAGCAAGAGCUCGACAAGGAAAGUGGACACAUAAUUAUUUCCGAGUCUUCCCCUGGUCAGCUUGAAGAAAGAGUAUUCGAAGGUAUGGCUAAGGGAUUGCACCACUUCCAUGGCGCAGUAUUCGAGGGCGUGAUCAAGGAGCCCAGUUUCAGCUGGAAAGGCGAAAAAUUCCGAAUGUUCAUGCCUGAAGGCUUAUUCACAGGUGCAACGGUCACGUUCAUGUGGCGAUGGACAAAAAGUGCGUUUGGAACACUAAACAGUCCUGCGGCAACCUGGGGAGCUAUUCAGCUGGAUAAACCGGACUAUAGCCAUACCAGGUUUAGACUAUCAAGGCGCAUGGGGUCCGGCGGCUGGGCGGGUUACGACUUUUGGGGCGAGAUACUAUCAAAUGACCGCAUUAUUGCGAAAACUCGGGUUAAUGGAGAGAAUGUUGUCAUCUAUCUGAGGAGAGUUGCCGGGACAUAG